GGCGCUGCUUUGCCCCCCCUCGAAUUUUAGCCGUUUUCUUUUCCAGUGAGUGGUGAGCCUGGAGAUCCCAGGAUAGGGGUCACCCCUGCGACGGCCCUUAUGUUAAAGCUGCAUCCCUCCUUCCUGCAAUUUUGGAGUGUAUUACGAGCAAAAAUACCAAUCCAUACCGGCAACAGAAUUUCCUCAACGAGAAAAAGUUAUAUUACCUUUGUGUAGUUUGACAGCAUUGUGGUUUUAGUAAUACUUUAACGUGGUUUCUUUCUUAGUUGAAGAUGUUAGUACGAUUUGAAGGUCUCUCUUGGUAGCUUCGUAGCAGUUGUCUUCUGGACAGCUUGAAGAUGCUACUUCAAGCUUGUGUAGCCUAAGAGAAUUUAUUAUUUUGGUAAACUUCAUAUUUCUCUUGCUCCUAAGUGUUUUGGGAGUCCGGAGUGCAAGCAUGCAACAAAAACAGGAAGAGACGUAAAUCAUUUUUUAAAACUGGAAUUCUUUUUCUUGCAGGGUUGACUAGAACCUCAUUUGCAUUGCAGUAGGUGUAACUGUUCAGUUACUUUAAAUAAGUGGGUUGAAAAGUACUAUGCAGUCAUUACUUUUACACAGAAAAAUAAUACCAUUAAAGCCAUCAGAUGUUCAGUUCCAUCCAUAGGGUGUGUGCGGUUUUAAUUUUGAUGACUUUAACCUCUUUUUGCAGAGGUGCUGGCCAAGAAGUAGGAAGAUCAUGCAUUAUUCUGGAGUUUAAAGGAAGAAAAAUAAUGGUAAUUAUUCUAUGAAUGUAUUUGUGCAUUUAUAUAAAAUAAAUCCGGAUCCCAAAACAGAAGACGUAUCUAAAUGUGGAUUCUAAAAUCCAAUUUCAGUGGAACCUAAGUCUAAUCUUUACUUACAGUUAUGGAUUAAUACAUAUAUGUUCUCCUUCACUUUUUCAGGUCUCUUGUCAACUGAAGUACACUGCUUCUUGUGUACUCACGUAUUGUUGAGUUGUGAAUGAAGGCUUGUAUAGGUGCAAAACUGUAAAUAACUGGGAUCUGAAAAUGGCUUUUAAAAGGUAUCACUCAGUUUCCCAGUGGAGAUAGUCAUCUAGACAGACACCCUGCUAACGGCAGUGAUUGAGGAAAAUAUACUUUUCUGUAUGAUGUUAAAGGCUACUGGUCAGUAUAUUGUAGACCGAAACGUAAGUUGUUUUUUUUUUUUAAUGCAUUUUAUUAGAAGCUUUAACUUUCUUUCAUGUUUCAGCUUGAUUGUGGAAUCCACCCUGGACUGGAAGGAAUGGAUGCUCUUCCUUACAUUGAUUUGAUAGAUCCUGCUGAGAUUGAUCUCCUCCUAAUCAGUCAAAAACGAGUUUUAAAGGAAGAACAUUCAUGACGCAUGCCACAAAAGCUAUUUACAGAUGGCUUCUUUCAGACUAUGUCAAAGUCAGUAAUAUAUCAGCGGAUGACAUGCUAUAUACAGAAACAGACCUGGAAGAAAGCAUGGACAAGAUUGAAACUAUCAACUUCCAUGAAGUGAAAGAGGUGGCAGGAAUCAAAUUUUGGUGUUACCAUGCAGGCCAUGUCCUGGGAGCUGCCAUGUUUAUGAUUGAAAUCGCUGGCGUGAAGCUUUUAUAUACAGGUGAUUUCUCAAGACAGGAAGACAGGCAUCUGAUGGCAGCUGAGAUUCCCAAUAUUAAACCUGAUAUUCUUAUAAUUGAAUCCACCUAUGGUACUCACAUUCAUGAAAAAAGAGAAGAGCGAGAGGCAAGAUUCUGUAAUACCGUGCAUGACAUUGUAAAUAGAGGAGGUAGAGGUCUUAUUCCUGUGUUUGCCCUAGGCCGAGCUCAAGAACUACUUUUGAUUUUAGAUGAAUACUGGCAGAAUCAUCCUGAACUCCAUGAUAUUCCUAUAUACUACGCCUCCUCUUUGGCAAAGAAAUGCAUGGCAGUUUAUCAGACAUACGUCAAUGCCAUGAAUGACAAAAUCCGCAAGCAAAUAAAUAUCAACAAUCCGUUCGUUUUCAAGCACAUUAGUAAUCUGAAGAGUAUGGAUCACUUUGAUGAUAUUGGCCCAAGUGUUGUAAUGGCUUCCCCAGGUAUGAUGCAGAGCGGCUUAUCUAGAGAGUUGUUUGAGAGCUGGUGCACAGACAAGAGAAACGGAGUAAUUAUCGCAGGGUACUGUGUUGAAGGAACGCUUGCUAAGCACAUCAUGUCUGAACCUGAAGAGAUCACGACUAUGUCAGGGCAAAAACUCCCACUGAAGAUGUCUGUAGACUACAUUUCUUUCUCUGCUCACACAGAUUAUCAACAAACUAGUGAGUUUAUCCGGGCCCUGAAACCUCCACAUGUGAUUUUAGUACAUGGAGAGCAGAAUGAAAUGGCCAGAUUGAAAGCAGCAUUGAUACGAGAAUAUGAGGAUAAUGAUGAAGUUCAUAUAGAAGUUCAUAAUCCUAGGAAUACUGAAGCUGUGACAUUGAACUUCAGAGGAGAAAAACUUGCUAAGGUGAUGGGAUCUUUAGCAGAUAAGAAGCCAGAGCAAGGACAGAGAAUUUCUGGGAUCCUGGUUAAAAGAAAUUUUAACUAUCAUAUCCUUUCUCCUUGUGACCUCUCCAAUUACACAGACUUGGCGAUGAGCACUGUAACACAGACACAAGCCAUUCCGUAUACUGGCCCAUUCAAUCUGCUUUAUUAUCAGCUCCAAAAACUCACUGGUGAUGUAGAAGAAGUAGAAAUCCAACAGAAACCAGCCUUGAAAGUUUUCAAAAAUAUUACAGUGAUCCAGGAGCCAGGCAUGGUAGUGCUUGAGUGGGUGGCAAAUCCUGCUAAUGAUAUGUAUGCAGACACCGUGACAACAGUGAUACUGGAAGUUCAAUCAAAUCCCAAAAUACAAAAAGCUGCAGUACAUAAAAUUUCCAAAAAAGUAGAUAUGGAUGUGUAUAGCAAGAGGAUGGAGAUCAUGCUUCAGGACAUGUUUGGGGAGGACUGCGUAAGUUCAAAAGAUGGCUCUGUUCUAUGUGUCACAGUAGAUGGAAAGACUGCAAACAUUUCACUGGACACUCGGACUGUUGAGUGCGAGCCAGGAAGUGAAGAUGAUGAAUCCCUUCGAGAAAUGGUGGAACUGGCUGCACAGAGGCUCUAUGAUGCCCUCAGCCCGGUACACUGACCUGUGUAGUAUCUAGGAUACAUCCAAAAAAAGUCUUUUUAAUGUUCGAUUUACUUGGACUAUUUUUUAAUAAAAUAAAUGAAACUUUUCUUCAGUGA